UGGAGCCCUCCUGUAUAUGUAUAUGCAGAUGAAAGCCUGGAUAGAGCUUGAGCUGCUGUUAAUCACACAGGAUCUAUUCUGUUAGGAAACAGGGGCAAGUGGCUCUUCUGCCUGUUGGAGGGUAUGACUUGCCAAGCGUUUGCUUCAUCUGACACCUUUGUACCCUUGAAUUCUGACUCUUCUCCCUCUCUGCCUCUGAUAAUGCAUCACAGCGCUGCAGAGUGCCUGCCGGUUUCUAACCAUGCCACCAAUGUUGUGUCUACAGGACUUCAUUACUCUGUGCCUUCCUGUCAUUAUGGAAAUCAACCGUCUACAUAUGGGGUGAUGGCAGGCAUCAAGCCUGCAACUCCAGAGAUGCUAUCAGCAAGUCUCUCCCAGAGUCGCAUCUUGCAGACAUGCAGCAUGCCACAUCCCAAUGUGGUAAAUGGUGUCAGCACCUUGCAAAGCAACCUGACCCCUUGCCUUUACAAAUUCCCGGAGCAUGCCCUGAGUGCCAGCUCCUGUGCCCUGGGCCACGGCUUCACACCCAUGCACCAGUCCCUCCUCGCAGAUGAUCCCACCACUGCAGACUUCAAGCAGGAAUUCCGCAGAAAAAGCAAGUCUGUUGAAGAGCCCGUCGACAUGGACUCCCCUGAAAUCAGGGAACUGGAGAAAUUUGCUAAUGAAUUCAAGCUGCGGAGAAUAAAGCUGGGUUAUACACAAACUAAUGUUGGAGAAGCACUGGCUGCUGUGCAUGGCUCUGAAUUCAGUCAAACUACUAUUUGUCGGUUUGAAAACUUGCAGCUGAGCUUCAAGAAUGCAUGCAAGCUGAAAUCAAUACUGUCCAAGUGGCUGGAGGAAGCAGAACAAGUAGGAGCUUUAUACAAUGAAAAAGUUGGAGUGAACGAGCGGAAGAGGAAGCGCCGAACCACCAUAAGUAUUGCUGCCAAAGAAGCCCUGGAGAGGCACUUUGGAGAACAAAGCAAGCCUUCUUCUCAGGAGAUUAUGAGAAUGGCUGAGGGGCUCAAUCUUGAGAAAGAAGUUGUGAGAGUUUGGUUUUGCAACAGAAGACAAAGGGAAAAAAGAGUGAAGACAAGUUUACAUCAGAACACCUUCAGUUCUAUUAUUAAGGAGCAUCACGAAUGCCGGUAA